GGUGAGCUUGACACAACAACCGGAACAGGAGCGCGCACUUUUAGCGAAGUCUUUAGUCAUUAGAACCAAGUAACGGCUUGUAUUAGACAGCAAGUCGUGCGACUACUUUGAAGCGGAGAAAUGGCUGACGAAAGAGCGGAGCGAUCCGACGGGAAGAUCGUGAAAAUGGAGGUUGACUACAGUUCAACCGUGGAGCAGCGUAUUCCAGAGUGCGAGAAAAUGGCUAAAGAAGGAAGACUGCAGGAUGCAAUUGAAAGUUUGUUGUCUUUGGAAAAACAAACAAGAACAGCUUCUGACAUGGUGUCGACCUCAAAGAUUCUGGUCGCAAUUGUACAGAUGUGUUAUGAGGCUAAAGACUGGGACUCCCUGAAUGAAAACGUCAUGCUCCUUUCCAAAAGGCGAAGUCAGCUUAAACAGGCAGUUGCCAAGAUGGUGCAGGAAUGCUACAAGUAUGUGGAUGCGAUGACAGACCUGACCAUCAAGCUGAGGCUGAUUGACACUUUGCGCACUGUUACUGCAGGCAAGAUUUAUGUGGAAAUUGAGCGGGCGCGGCUGACCAAAACCUUGGCAAACAUCAAGGAGCAGCAUGGAGAAGUCAAAGAAGCAGCUGCAAUCUUGCAGGAACUGCAGGUCGAAACGUACGGCUCAAUGGAGAAGAAGGAGAAGGUGGAGUUCAUCCUGGAGCAGAUGAGGCUGUGCAUCGCCGUGAAGGACUACAUCCGCACUCAGAUCAUAAGCAAGAAAAUCAACACCAAAUUCUUCCAGGAGGAGGGCACAGAGGAAUCAAAGCUGAAGUAUUACAAUUUGAUGAUUCAAGUGGACCAACACGAGGGAUCUUACCUCUCCAUAUGCAAACACUACCGUGCGAUUUACGAUACUCCCUGCAUCCUGGAGGACAGUGGAAAAUGGCAGCAGGCUUUGAAGAGUGUUGUCCUGUAUGUGAUUUUAGCCCCCUAUGAGAAUGAGCAGUCUGACCUGGUGCACAGAAUCAAUACUGAUAAGAAACUGGAAGAAAUUCCCAAAUACAAAGAUCUCCUGAAGCAGUUCACCACCAUGGAACUGAUGCGCUGGGCCUCGCUGGUGGAGGAUUAUGGGAAGGAGCUGAGGGAAGGUUCCCCAGACAGCCCAGCGACUGAUGUCUUCUCCUGCACCGAGGAAGGUGAGAAGAGGUGGAAAGACUUGAAGAACAGAGUGGUGGAACACAACAUAAGAAUAAUGGCCAAGUAUUACACAAGGAUCACAAUGAAAAGGAUGGCUGGCCUCCUCGAUCUGUCUGUUGAUGAAUCUGAGGAGUUCCUCUCCAGCCUGGUGGUCAACAAGACUAUCUAUGCCAAGGUCGACCGACUAGCUGGCAUCAUCAACUUCCAGAGGCCAAAGGACCCCAACGAUCUGUUGAAUGACUGGUCCCACAAACUGAACUCGCUCAUGUCACUGGUCAACAAAACCACCCACCUGAUUGCCAAAGAGGAGAUGAUACACAAUCUUCAGUAAUAAACAUUGGGGAGUUUUUUUGUUGUUUUUUAAAAUGUUGGGUUACACAGGCCAUGCCUAAAAGUGUAAAUCCAUCCACGACCAUCCUGUUACUGCUUCCGAGCAGUUAUGAUCAGCUCAUUUCUAUUUGAUUUUCGACAAAUGCUAUUUUGGAAAAGAUGGUGGAGUGAUUAUAGAAAUUUUCUGUAUAAUUAUACUGUCUCUUCCCCUAACAGUUCCAUGCGAUGUGUCAAACAUGUACAUUUAUAAUGUUUGAACAGACUGCUCCCAUAUUUAGAAUGAUCCCUUGAAUAUUUGGCAUGUUGUGCUAGUGGUCUAGAGUGGUUGUUGGUCACAGAUGGAGUUAUAGGUUUUCUUGUGUUCUGUCAAUGUUUUACAUGUAACUGUUAUAAGGGAUUAUGAUAUACAUAAAUUGGGCAAUAUAUGCUGUAUUAAAACAUUGCUAUGAUCUUGAUGUUUUUUAUUUACUUACUACAAACAUUAAAUCACCUUACUCUGA